GGUUGUUCCAACAAGUCCGAUACAGUCAUGAUAUAACAAUAUUGUUACAACCUUGUGUCGUCAACCUUGUAACAUUCUUGUUAUAUCGUGAUUGUAUCAGACUUGUUAGAACAACCUUGUAACAAGUCUGAUAAUGCCAUCAAGCUUGUUACAAGUUGUUAACAGCUUGUUCCAAACUUGUUACAACAACUGGGAACAAGCAGUGCGAACACAACUUGUUGACAGCUUGUGAACAGAUUUGUAACAACUUGUCUGCAGACCUGUAACAACUUGUGCGUUUUUACGUGUGUAGGUCGCACCCCCCUGCAACCCCACGCCCUCCCCGCGAGAUUUCCCUUCCUAACUACAGGUAGCCACCUUAAUGACGCUAUUCUGCGCCGUUUCACUUCCGACUUGUCUCGAUAAUCCAUCUUUAUUUUGACAGCUUGCUUUCCUAAAAACAGCGCUUUAUUUCAACAAGAACUCUUUGAAUUUUGACCGAAACUUUGGCAAGAAACCAUGGACAUCGUUGGUUUUGUCUGGGCGCCAGAUUCGACGCAUGGCUUUCGUCUAGGACGAGUUGUCGACCUCGGAGCGGACACGAUUUCGGUGGAGCCACUCGACUCCAGAGGCUCGGUAUGCUAUUGUUUUUCCUGUUCUUUUUAUAAAACGUCCUAACUUUAUAAAGUUGUGACAACUUCUUGAUAAAGUUGUUGCAAUUUGAGGCCGAAUUCUGUUCGUUUUGUCGCCAUAUACUCUAUGUAAACAGUUAUAUUUUAAUAUUUAAGUUUGUUCAACUCGUGUUCCUGGCUGUUAAUAGUAUUUUACAAAUUCUUUUAAACUUGUUUAUAUUAAAAUAUUUCAGGCAAUUUCAGCACCGUAUGAACGCGUUUUUCCCGCCGAGAAAGACAACGAUAAAGAUGUAGAGGACAACUGUGAGUUUGCCUUAAAUAUUGUCGUUUUGAGUUGA